GCGCUGCUCGUCGUUUCCGCUGCCGCGCGGCGGCGCCCCGCGUUGUCGGAGCGCGUGGAGCGCCCAGCCCUGGGCCGUCGGAGCAGCAGACGCGGAAGGGCGCACGGGAUGUGGCGUGGCGCUCUCGGCCUCCUCUGGUUGCUGCCGGUGGUCGUUUGGAGUGAGGACUGUCAGGCAUACACUGAUUUGAGAGGCAACGCACAACCUGCAAAAUCCUGUCCUUACUACUGCUGUGGAUAUUGCACGCUUCGAUAUUGUUGCUCUAAUCCUGCCUUAAAAUACGACAACUGGCAAUCUUGUGGUCUGAUGAAUGGAAGGGCCUCUGACUCAGGCACUUUAACUGACAUGGAUUCGUUCUUCGACUCUGAUGAUUACAUUUCUUCUGGCCCCAGCAGUUUUGGAACUCUGAUUGCAAUUGGAGUGACCGUUUGUGCCGUGAUUAUCAUCACUAUUAUCCUGUGCCUCACCUGCUCCUGCUGCUGCUUGUACAAAGCAUGUCGAAAACCACGGCCCGUUGUGGCCACUACGACUGCCACUACAGUGGUUCACGCUCCCUAUCCCCAGCAACAGGGGAUGGCACCUGCCUACCCAGUAGCUCCAUAUCAAGGUUAUCAGCCUGUGGCUGUCCAGCCACAACCUGGAAUGCCAGUAGCACCGUACCCUGCACAGUACCCUCCCCCUUACCCCAUGCAGCCAUCAGGACCUCCAGCUUAUCAUGAAACCAUGGCAGCUGGUGCUGGAGCACCUUACCCAGUCAGCCAGCCCCCUUACAACCCUGCUUACAUGGAUCCUCAGAAGCCCACCUAUUGAAAGAUCUACUGUGCUUCUCCAUAUUCUACGUAUAAUUUGUGCUGUUUACACCAUGCAACUGUAGUAUACUUCUCUGGAAGACAGCAGUCUUUUGUCUAAGUCAAAGUUAAUUUGGUAUCUUUUCUGUAAUGUUUUGAGUAUGAGGAAGGAGUAUUUUUGUUGCAGACAUGGUUAAAUUUAUACCUCAAGCAAAUGCAAAGAGAGGUUUUGCUCUAUGUACAACGAGAAAAGUGUGUGGAAAGAGUACUUCAGAGAUAAGAACCACAAUAACAUUUGCUGUGCAAUAAUUUUUCACAGGAAUGCUCUAAUCUGGGCAUUAUCAAACACCCAAAGCUGCAGCAAUCUUUUGCACAGUAUCGAAACAGGAAAGCUUAAGUCUCCAAAAAUCUACCUGAUUUAUGUUAUGUGUGUUCUGCCUGUUGCUGUUGUUGGGUAAGAGACUUAUGUUAUACAUUUCAUUUACCAUUCAAAAGGGAAUUUUCCUUUCUUGAAACACAUUUGCCUUCAGUGGAGCAGACCACCAUGUUUGUUUGUCUUCAGAGUAGUUGCAUUUGUCUGUGCUUAAGUAGCAGGAGUUGACAAUUUCCUCAUAUUCUUUCCUGGUGUUAGGAUUUGGGAUUUUUAAAAAUUUGAGUGGUUUGUUGGUUUGGUUUAUUAGUUAUUUGGGGGUUUGUUGUUUGUUUUGGGGGGUUGUCUUUUUUAAUUUGUGCCUUCUAUUGAAUAUUUUCUCAGGCCAUUUUAAGUUAUAGCUAGCAAUUAACAACAAACUGAACUCUCUGCCACUUAGUAGAACAAAUAGGUCAAAAGGUGAAAAUCUGAGAGUUCUUUGUAAAAUGGUUGGACAGGUAUUUGUUGUCCAAGUAGUUCUGGACAAGCCUAUGUAAGGUAUGUGUUGAUGGAGAGUUUGGAAGUAAAACCAGCACCUUAAUCUUAUGUUAAGCAGAAGUACCUGCUAGUGUUUAGUCUUGCCUCAUCACAGGGAAAGAAUUUGCAGGAGAGAUAGGAUGUCAGAAAUAGAUGGUGGUGUUUAAAGUUUAGGGUUUGUCAUUGCCUGUCUCUAAAGGGGAACUGUAGGUGGCAGGAACCUAGAAGUGGGAUUUACAUAAACUCAAUCUGCUUUUGAAUAAUGGUAUGUGGUGCUGUGUUCAGCCUUCCCAUAAAGCUGAAUGGAAGGCAGAGAAAGGCAGAAUGUGGUCACAUGGAGGCAAUGUAUUCUCAGGAAGGUAGUGCUUGCAGUCAUGAAACAUCUUGAGACCAUCCUCAUGACUACCAGUGUUAGCAAAGCUUUUGUCUCUGUACACCUUGUGUUGAUCAAACGUUUUUUAGUUGUUUUUGGUUCCCUCUGCAGUUGUGUCUUUUCUGCCACUGAACUACAGCUCUGCUGAGGAACAACAAGUCGUGCAGUCUGUUGUAUGUGUCGCUGAGACAUCACUGGGGAAAUAAUUUUGACUUAUCAUGUACACUGACUUGACUCUUUUUUUCAGAGAGGCUGUUAAGCCAUUCGUGCUCCAGUUCUACCUUUGGGGUGUAUUAACUGUUUGAAAACAUUGAUGGUGGCAUUGCUUUACCUCAUGUGAUGGAUGGAAGGUGCUGCUGUCAAAGGCAGCCUUAUUUCUCUUCCUGAGUUUUAUUUCUGGGUUAUUCCAAUUGUUUUCUCAAGAAAGUCUUUAGGGCAUUUCAGAAGAAACUUGUAGAACUUUGUAGACUUUUGAUUCGUGCCAACCUAUGUCCCUCUGUUACACCUUUCUAAGAGUGUUGAAGUCAGUAGCGUGAAAUGGUGCCAGGAGGCAUUCACAGAGUAUGCAUACCCUGUAUCUGUAUGUUCCUCCUCCUUCCUGCCUUGUCAUCUGAGAAACUGGGCAAUGCUUCAUUACACUGCUAGCAGUUAUGGGAAAGCAACCCAAAAUAGACCUCCUCCUGUAUGGAGACUGAGGC